CGGAUUCAUGACGUGUACGGCCCAGAUUCAAACUCAUUGCGUGUACUAGAUUCCCUUGUCCUUAUUAUAAACUCUUCCCCCGGUCUUUACUCUCUCAUCGUCCUUUUUUCUUAUUUUUCUGCAAUUUUUUUUCCUCCUCCCCGAUCCGAAAGCGCAAGUGAAAUCCCAAAGAUCGCGAUCUCAAAACUCUGCCAUACAGAUCUGAAAACCCAGAAAUUUCUACGAAAUAUUCCAAUUCUUCGUCUUCUUCUUUUCGUUUCUUUAAUCUGAUCGUAAUUUACCGCGCUAAUUUCCAGAUAUCUGGAAAAAAAAAAUAUAAAAAGAGGAAAAAUUAAACCCUAAGAAUUCAAUUUUGUGUAAGAAUACUUACUCUCUGGAAUUUGUUUUGGUGGUGGUAAAAUUUGGAUAAUUUUUUAUAGCGAUUUAUGGUCGCUGGUGGAUUUGGGUGGAACAAUUUCGAGGAAACCCUAGAGGGUGGUGUGAUGGGGAGAGAUGAUGAAAGUGCGAAAGUGGUGGAGGAUGUAGAAGAAGGUGAAAUUUCCGAUUCGAAUUCAGUGGAGGAGAUCAGUGAGGAAGAUUUUAUCAAGCAGGAGAAGCAGCACGAAGUUAAGGUGGUGGUUCCGCGGCCGCCGCCCAAUGAUCAAUCUAAAUCCAACGGCGGAGAUGAUGCUAGGGUUUGGACGAUGCGCUACAUCUACAACCACCCGGGAUUUCGGGGGUACAGGCCCGGCUUGGGUAGCCUCGCUUGGGCUCAGGCCGUACAGAAUAAGCCGCUCAAUCAGUUUCUGCAGAUGAAUGUUGAUCCCGACGAGAAAUUGAAGCGAUCGUCAUCGUCGCCGUCGGUGAAUUCGCCUGAAAGGAGCAAUGCGAAGGAAGUGGAUAGAGUGGUGAUUGUUGACAGUGGCGAUGAAAUGGAUGCUGAGAAAGAGGAAGGGGAGUUGGAGGAGGGUGAGAUUGAUUUGGAUUCGGAGGCUUCUGGUGACGAAAAGGCCGCCGCGGGUGUGGCUGACGAAGCUGGAGAUGGUGUUUUGGAUUGUGAUAAUAUGAACAUUGAUAAUCCAGAGACAGGCUUGAAGAAUGAGAAGCUGGAGAAGCGAGUGAGCUCGAUUCGGAAAGCUUUGGCAAGUGUUACUAGAUACGAAGCAGAGAAAUCAUUUGUGGAUGUUUGUCUCCAGUUACUCAACACUUUGGUGAGCUUGCGUGGGGUGCUUUCGGAAACUAAUGUUUCCACAAAGGAAGCUCUUGUUCAUCUGUCCUUCACUGCGGUACAAGCGAUCACCUCCGUGUUCUGCUCCAUGAGACCAGUCCAAAAGGAACAGAACAAAGAUUUCAUAUCAAGGUUACUUUCUUCUGUGAAGAAUGAUCCUCCUCUUUUUACCCCUGAGCAGAUAAAAGAGAUAGGUGUCUUGACAACAUCCUUUGUGGAUUCCCCUGAUGUUUUUCUUCAAACUAAAGCAGGCAUUAAAGAUGAUGAGAUACAGGUUAUCGGGUUUAAUAAUAAGAAUUCGGACGCUUCGGCUGUAAAUGCGACUUCUUCAGCUAACUACAGCAAUCCAAUUAUGUUGUCCGAAGUUCCAAGAUCAGGAGUGUCUAGUUUGAAGGGUAGACGGGUUGUGCUUCCCCUGUUAGACACUCACAAGGAUCAUGAUGCAGAUAGCCUUCCUUCCCCUACACGAGAAUCCCCAUCAUGUUUUCCUGUUCAGAACACAUUGGUUUUUACUGAUAGGAUGGUAAAACCAGAGCCUGAUACCUCCAGGGCGCCAAGUGCAGAAGGUUCUGGUUUGCAUCCUUAUGAUACUGAUGCCCUUAAAGCUGUAUCUACUUAUCAACAUAUUAACCGGAGCUCUUUUUUCAUGAGUGAAAGACUUCCAAGUCCAACCCCUUCAGAAGACGGUGAUAAAGGGGACGAUGAUACUGUUGGAGAGGUUUCUAGUUCUUCUUCUGCUAGUAAUUUGAGAACUUCAGUUCCUCCUAUUUUGGGACAGCAAGUUGUUUCUCGCUUCCCUAUCCCUGUGGGUAGCUCCAGCAUGCAAGAACGAUUUACAGGUAAAAGUGCUGCCCCUGCGAGUUCUGGGUCUAAUAUCACCGUAAAAGCUCCAACUAGGAAUAGAGAUCCUAGGCUUCGGUUUUCCAAUUCUGAUGUGGGUGUCUUGAAUCAUAACACACAACCCUUGACAGUGCAUAGUGCACCUAAAAUAGAUUCGGUUAUAACAUUAAGCUCGAGAAAGCAAAAACCCAUUGAGGAUUCUAAAUUUGAUGGUCCUGCAUUAAAGAGGCAAAGGAAUACAUUGGGAAACUCGGGUUUUGUUAAAGAUCCAAAAACCGCUUCUGGAAGUUGUGGCUGGUUGGAGGACAUUGGUGACUUUGGACCUCAUUUAAUUAGCAAUAAUCAGACAGUGGAGAACACACUGUCUGAUCCCAGAAAAGUGGUUGAUGUUGUAAGUAGUCCUAGUACUGUUGAUGGAAACUCAAAUGGCCCAAACAGUUCAAACGAGCAUGUGGCAUUGACGGAUUUAAGCACAGCUUCCUUGCCUGCAUUAUUAAAGGCUGUGAAUCCAACCAUGCUGUUAAACAUACUUAAGCUGGGACAGCAGCAAAGGUUAGCUGCAGAAGCCCAGCCGAAGUCUGCUUAUCCUGAAAAAAGUAUGACACAUCCUAUAAGCUCAAAUUCAAUACCAGGGUCAGAUGCAUCAGUGAAUGUUCCUUCAAAGACUGCAGCGAUGUUGCAGACACUUCCCAUUAGUUCACAAAAAGCUCCGAUGGAUGAGUCAGGGAAAGUUCGUAUGAAACCCCGCGACCCUCGCCGUAUUCUCCAUGGUAAUGUACUUCAAAAGAGUGGGAGCUUGGGACAAGAGCAGUUCAGAAAUAUUGUAACCCCACUGCCGAGCAGCCAGGGGAAUAAGGAUAAUCUUACUGGUGAAAAGCAAGAUGGUCAGUCAGAUAUGAAGCUAGUCGCUUCUCAAUCAGUAGAGGCCCCUGACAUUGCUCGCCAAUUCACAAAGAAUCUGAAAAAUAUUGCUGAUAUGAUGUCUGUUUCUAAUGGAUUAACAAGUCCAGCAAUAGCUUCACAGAGUGUUCCUUCCCAACCUGUUCCAAUCAACUCUGAGAGAAUAGAUCCAAAAGCUGAGGAGCAGCGUACUGGAAGUAGUUCUGCUUUUGAAGCAGCUGCUGCUGGUCCCUCUCGUUCAGCCCCCAUGUGGGGAGAUGUUGAACAUCUGUUUGAAGGAUAUGAUGACCAGCAAAAAGUUGCUAUCCAGAGAGAGAGAGCAAGGAGGAUAGAAGAACAGAAGAAAAUGUUUGCAGCACGCAAGCUCUGCCUCGUCUUGGAUCUAGAUCACACACUUCUUAAUUCAGCUAAGUUUAUUGAGGUAGAUCCAGUGCAUGAUGAGAUUUUGAGAAAGAAAGAGGAACAGGAUCGUGAAAAACCACAGCGACAUCUCUUCCGAUUUCAUCACAUGGGAAUGUGGACCAAAUUGCGGCCUGGGGUUUGGAAUUUUUUGGAGAGGGCUAGUCAACUUUUUGAGUUGCAUCUUUACACAAUGGGGAACAAGCUAUAUGCUACGCAAAUGGCAAAAGUGCUAGAUCCAACAGGGGUACUUUUUGCUGGACGAGUCAUUUCUCGAGGCGACGAUGGAGAUUCUGAUGAUGGUGAUGCUCCCAAGAGUAAGGAUCUGGAAGGAGUUUUGGGUAUGGAAUCAGCUGUUGUGAUUAUAGAUGAUUCUGUGAGGGUCUGGCCACAUAACAAACUGAACUUGAUAGUUGUGGAACGUUAUACGUACUUUCCUUGUAGCAGACGACAAUUUGGGCUUCUAGGUCCUUCUCUACUCGAGAUUGAUCAUGACGAGAGACAAGAAGAUGGGACUUUGGCAUCCUCAUUGUCGGUUAUUGAGAAGAUACAUCAGAUCUUUUUCUCCCAUACCUCCCUAGAUGAAGCAGAUGUUAGAAAUAUUCUAGCCUCUGAACAGCGGAAGAUUUUGAAUGGUUGUCGUAUAGUAUUUAGCAGGGUGUUUCCAGUUGGUGAGGUCAAUCCUCACCUACAUCCGCUGUGGCAGACAGCUGAACAGUUUGGUGCUGUGUGUACCAACCAUAUAGAUGACCAGGUCACCCAUGUAGUCGCCAAUUCCCUUGGAACUGACAAGGUGAAUUGGGCUAUUUCUUUGGGAAAAUUUGUUGUCCAUCCUGGCUGGGUGGAAGCAUCAGCUUUGCUUUAUCGGAGGGCAAAUGAGCAGGAUUUUGCCAUUAAACCAUAAACAAUCACCACCCUAGCCCUUCCGAUAACUAAAACUGAUUAACAUAGAAUCAAGAAUCGCAUUGGAGUCGGGAUGAAAACCUUAGAUUAUGCUGAGAGCAGCAAAGCCCUAGACCUGACACUGCUUGGCCUCGUUUGGAGUCUGUGAUUCAUGUUUUCCACCCAUUAAUUGGCAGUUGCACCUUAAAUUGCCGAGGUUUUGCUUUCAUGGUCGGUUUCAUUGUGAGAAGAGGAAUGAGGUGGUGAACUCUUGCUCGAGCUUUGGUGGCUCAGUUCGGGCUUGGUGGUUCUGGUUGGGUGUUGAGGUGCCUCCCUGUCACAUUUUGUUCCUGAUCAAAUAAGACAAGGUUGCCAGACGUGGUCACUUCAGGGACGAGGAUGGUAAAAGGCAAGUUUUCGAGAUCCAAAACGUAAAAUAAGAGAUUGAAACCUAGUGAUGGACCAAUAUGGCUCUGCUAGGAGGUAAAUUUCGGAAAAGGAUGGUGCGGGUAUGAAGGGAAAGGUGGUGGUGUGGGGUGGUUGGGAUACAAAACUGUAUAUCCGGGGUGCGAAAGAGUAAGUCUGGCAAGGGAGAAAUUGGUCAGUCGAAGCAGCAUUUGGAUAUUUGGUAGUCAGCAGGUGGGAAAAAUGGUUGGGCUGGUUGUGAAGGUGCCUGAUUACAGUUAACCCUUCACCCUAAUCACAGCUAACUAAUGAUUUAGCUAUUGAAUUUGCAUCGACACCUAAUUAACUUGGUUUUCAAAGAAAGAAAACAUCAAGAAUAAGCGAGUAUACGGAUUUUCAUGCACACGAAUUAUGUUACAUAAGAUUUCAGCCUGGAUCGCCGUUUACAUUGUUUCAACAUAUAAAUCUCAUUUUCUA